AUGGGAGGUAACUCUCCUUCUCAUGACGGUGACUCUAGAAGAGAAAGUAAUAAAAAUAAUUCUAACAGGUCAUCUAAUAAUCCUUCCGAAUUGAAGACUUUUCCUAAUUAUUAUAAUUCAUCAAAUAAUAAAAUGGGUUAUUAUACCGAUCACUCUGAACGUAGAAGAGAAAAUAAUGUUAACAGUACUUUUAAUAAUUCUUCCAAAUCAAAUACUCCUACUUCUUCUACUAUCACCUCCCCUAAUUACGCUGAAUCUAUUGAAAUUCCUUGUUAUGAUCCGACAAUUAAACCUGGACCAUGGGAAUUUCAAAAAUCGGAUUGUCGUAAAGUUAAUUGCGGAUUGAUGUUAACAAAUAUUAAAAAUAUUCCUUCACUUGGAAUUUCCGUUUUUUCAGAUCAAAAUGAUUCGUAUCAUAAUUGGUAA